UAUAGCUGGCUCUUACGUGAUCCCAAAAUGAAGCUUAGGUCUAUGUAUCCUGGAUACAUUCAUGCCGUUGAGAAAUAUUUCAAGAAACUUCUCCCAAUACUUGUUCCUUUACAGUACUCUCUUGGUGGUCCAAUAAUAGCAUUUCAAGUAGAAAAUGAAUAUGGAAGCUAUGGAGAACAUGAUCUCAGCAAAGAAUACAUGGCUUAUCUCAAAACACUUAUGACAAAUGAAGGCAUCUCAGAGCUGUUGUUUACUUCAGAUGGCAUAAAACAAAUGGAGGCAUCAUACUAUCCGGAGUUACCAGGAGGUGAGAAGGAAAUCAUCAACUGUCAAAUGUCUUUGUAUCUUAUCCUGAAAAGAGUUGUGAAUUAAUUUCAGCUUGCAAAAGGUAUCCUCUAAUUAUUUUUAGUAAAUGUCUACUUGUACACUUAAGAAUUGCAACUGCUGCAGUCUGAUUGGCUGAACUAUUGUGAACUAGUUUGGCCAUUAGUGUGCAGUGGCUGUAGGCUCUCUACAAAAUGGCAUCAUUUUAAUUAACAAAUGUUAAUUCAAUUCCUGGUAGCACUAAAAGAAGAACACUCACAGUUUCUAGACUGUAAAGGCUGU